AACCACUAGCAGAGCGGUUUUGCCCGCGGGGGCUCUGUCAAGCGACUCGCUACCCACACUGCGAGGUUUUCUUUGAAAGUUGGGAUUUCAUCUCGGGAUGCCGGCGAACGCGCAGUCUUCGGUUCAUCUUGUUCCGUCGACACCGUCGUUGCUUCUCGCAACUACCUCCUCAAAAUCACUAGUAUUACCUUUCUUGGCCCCUGCGUUUAAGGCCAUCUCGUCCACUCAACUUUCGACGGCUAGUGCUGGACCUACCGCACAUUAGACUGAUGCCUCCGAGACUAAUUCCGGAGGCAUGGAGAAGCAAAUAUCCUCACGCACCUUUACCAUUGCCAUUGUGGUCACAGCAGUCGGCACAUGUCUGCUGUCCUUACUCGGGUAUUACCUCUUCACUAUUUGGCGGCGCAGGGUAAAGCAACGAGCUCAUGAGGAAGAGAAGGAUGGCAACGCCGCUCUUGACCGAGCUAUUGUGAGCUACACCGGUAAGGAGCAGUCCAACCCGCCAGGGCUGUCAGCACCGGAAGGACCACAGAAAUCCCAGCCGGCAAUGACGACGGCAAUCCACGCAAAUUUGGGCUCCGCGGGGGUUGACAACCCUGCGGAACCCUCGCCCCGAUCAAUCCAUGAACUCCCAGCCCCGACCGCGGUUCAAGGACAGGCACUUGAAAAAACAGUAACGUUGGAGACAGACACGUCGAGGUCGCUAAGGAGGACGGCAUCCUCACACUUUCUGGACAGCGCCGAACGGGUUUACGCGUGCAUUCUCGCGAGCCCACUAGAGCGUAUGAGGACCUGGUCCACGCCGAGCCCGGCGCCUCGGGAUGAUGUCGGCUGGCCCUUGGCACCCAAGGGGGGUUGGCUAUGAAGAUGUAGCUUGGAGGCUCGAUUAGAAAGAAACAAAUGGCCAUACCAGCUUAUUUAGAAUCGGGCUUUAGAAUGGAUCAGUUUUAGAUUUAACUCUCGUGUUAUUCCUAUUG